GAGAAGGGAAAAAAGGAUCAAAAUGGAAAGUAAGGAAAGAUGAAGAGAAAUAGAAGUAGAAGAAGAAGAGGAAGAAGAGUGUCCAUAAGCCUUUUAGGCAAUGUAAAUCUGUAAAAUUGUAGUUGACCCAAUGUUGUGAUAUUUUGAAAUGAAAUACUGGACCAGAUAAUUGUCAUUUCUUCUCUUUCUUCUUUUCUUUUUUCAUCAUUUCAUCAUUUUUUCACGUUCACAUUGUUUUACCGUGUCCAUCAUCACAAUCAUCAUCAACAUCACCAAUGAUCCAAAAAUGGUCUCCAUUUUAAAAAGCAGGAUUAAACCAUGGAUUAAUGAUGUGAUUCAAAUUUGUGUGCUUCUCAACUCAAUAAAUUAACCAGAAAUCAUAGUCAUACUCAUCAUCAUCAUCAUCUUGAUGAUCAUCAUUUUUCCCUCUUCUUCCUUUUCCAACCUCAUCACAGUGCUAUUUUUAUAUGGAAAUAUUCAGUUGAGAUUUACUUCUUUUCUUGUUUACUUAUUUUCCCUUCAAUCUCACCAUAGCCAGUCAAAGAUUCAACCAUUAUCUUGUUAGCCAAGCUCAAUGAUUUUCAAACUGGCAACACCAACAUCAUUAUCUUCACCAUCUUCAUCUUUCUCAUCACCGUCAACCUCUUCAAACCAUUCAAAUAAUGAUUCUUUAAUUGCUUUUCAUUUGCUUGAACAGUGCCUCCUGUAAUAAGUAAUUAGCCAUGGAUUUAAGUGAAUCCCAAUCUUCUGGUCUUUAUACCAGUGGAACCCUCUCACCUGAUCAGCAAACAAUUGAAUACACGAAUCGGAUUCUCCUCAAUCCAUCCUCUUCUCUUCCACCCUUACCUCUUCACCCUCACUCCUUGACCCCUCCAUGUUCAACUGAUUGCACCAAUUGUACCUUAGACGGUGAUGAUUCCAGUGAAUCGGCGUGCUUUGUCCGUUAUAAUAUUUCCCUUCGUUCAUUUACACUCGGAAUUCACAGCUUUUGUGCUACCAUGACUCUUGUCUUAGCAAUUGUUAUAUUCCGUCUGAGGAGGUCAAAGACAAUUGCUUCUUCAAGAUGGAUCCUUUUGGAAACAACACUUCUUGGGGCCUUUUUACUUUAUAUAACACUUAUCAUUCGAUAUUAUGAACCAACUCAAUUAACUUGUUUCAUUGAGCCUUGGUUUCGUGAGGUUGGCUUUGGCCUGUGCUAUGGAAGUAUAACAAUUAAACUUUACCGUAUUUACGCUGAAUUUCAAACGAGAAAAGCUCAUCGAGUUUGUGUUCGAGAUAAAGAUUUGUUGAAAUAUCUGAUUGGAAUUGUGAUGAUAGUGAUAGGUUACAUGGCUGCAUGGUCAUCACUUGUUAUCGACUCCAUGAAUGGCCUUCCCAACAUGUCAACCGGUUCAAGGGUUGGAUCACUUAUCCUGCAAGAAGGACAAACUCCUGAUGGGUUAAGAUACUUCAUUUGCAAGGAACUCUCAUGGGAUUAUGUUACUGAAGCAGGAGAAUUUUCGUUUUUAUUAACUGGUGUCUAUAUCACAUACUGUAUACGGAAUGCAAAGCCUGAAGUUUAUGGGGAAAAGUGCUCAUUGUGCUGUUCGAUUUACAUAGAGAUUGUUAUUUCAACUGUAACUUAUGUGUUGCGGCACAUUUCGUGGGGUAAAAUACACCCAGAUUAUCUUUUACUUCUUUAUGCUGUUAGAUGUCAACUUACAGUAACCUUAGUGCUUGCCAUACUCCUUGGACCUAAGAUAUGGUUCCAUAACCGUCCUUUGGCCAGUUAUCGUAAUCGUUCUCGUUAUUUUUCUACCGCUGAGGGACGUGAUAGAGUCUCUAAAGUGAUGAAGCUUCACGCAGCAAUAUUAAGCAAUGGUGAGGUUGAUAUUGGUGAUAUAAAUUUGGCAGAUAUGGAUCCAGAAGAUAUCAGGUCUGAACUUCGUCGAGUUUACACCCAAUUACAGAUUUUACGCAAUAAAACAAUGCGGAAAGACAAUCCGCACAUAUCCAAAAGAAGAGGUGGCCGUAAAGGUACUCAUAGAAGAUUCUCAUUGCAACCAUUUCACCAUAAGCACAAGCACCACGAGCAUGAGCACGAAACAACGGAAGUAUCACGGACUCCUGAAGAGUCAACUGCAAGCGCCGAGGGUCCCAGUUGUAAUCAACCCGAGGGUCCAUUUGUAAUUAAGAUUGAACCGGAAGCUCAUACAGUCUCCUAGUUAUCUUAUUAUGUGUAUAUACGAUUCACUAUACAAAUGUGUAUAUACAUGUGUAAAUAGCCAGUUGUAAGCAGAGUAGAGCCAGGAAAAUGUAAACUGAUCAAGACUGAGCAUUGAACAUGAAACGCACAGACCUGAGAAACAAAAUGCUGGAUUAAAAUGUUUCACAGAAAAAACAAGUAGAAAGAAACUUUCAAGUGUAAAAUAUAUAAAUAAUUGUACAGUUGACCCGUUACAACAACCUAGCCACUUUCACCAAACACUCACACAUUAAUCACACCAAGCACACACAUGCAUAGUUUACACCAAGCUUAGAGAUAGACGAAAAGGUAUAAAGAAUGGACUAAAGCAAAGGAAAGCAGAAUUUUUUGUUGACCAUUAGUUUAAUAAUUUCACGAAAAAUGCACAAGUUAGCAAGAUAAAUGGUAAUUCUAGAUUAUGAUUGCACUGGUGUGAUUAAAAUAGUUUCAAUCACUUGACCAAUGAAUCGCAAAUCUUGUAUUCCUAACCAUCAAGUAUUUUAAUAUAGUUGAAAAGGCAGACACAAAAUAAUAGCCAAUUGCGAUGAAACAAUUGACCAAACUUUAUCUGUUUGGGUGAACCGUUUGAGUAACUCAAUUUGUUAUUCAAAAUAAUAGUUAAUCUAAUCUAAUGUGAUCUGUUUCUAUCCAUUCCUGUGAUUGACUGACUUCUCAAUUAAAUCAGUGCAAUCCUAUUCAGGACUUUACCAAACCAUGUCAAUCAUAAUCAACUGAUCAACAAACAACCAUAAAACCCCCUGAAAACUGUUGCUAAUAGCUCGACUCAACUAAAUCAGUUGAUUUUAUUGCGUUUCUGAUUAACGAUACAUCCCUUUAUCAGUUAAAUCUUAAUUUGUCGUUCACUUGUUAAAGAGUUACCAUCGCGUUAGUUCCAGUUUUGUCCUUUGCACUUUUUAUUGAAUCAAAAUAGGUGAUUGUUGCCGAUAAGAUAAUCAACCUGGCAAAGUCAUUGCUUUUAGUUGGAAACAAAAGAAAAACAAAGGAAAAUUUUUAGUAACAAUUAGCACAAUUUAUCUGCUGAUCUUUGAACAUCAUAUCGAUUCAUGUUUACAAUUUUCACGUUGGUCCCUUGCUAUUCUCGCAUUGCCAUUGAAUUUUUCCAGUAUCCAGUAUCAUUUAUUGAAAUUGGAUCGUGAUAAAAUCACACCUUCUUUUGUCUAUAUAACAUUGACUCUUUUCCACUUGAAAUUCACAUCUAUUCCAACAUUGAACCAGUUAACUUUAAGCCAUUCACUUUUAAAUACUCGUUCAAAGAAAUCCUUUCAAAAUGAAAUUCAUCUUAUUCGCAGUUUGUUUAAUCGGAGUUGUCUUCGCCAUGCCAGGAGGAUGGAGUUCACUUUCUGUUGAUCAUCCAACUGUUAUUCAAUUGGCUGCUAAAGGUGUUGAGCAUCACAACAAGAUUGCUAACAAUUUGUAUUACAAGAGGCUAAUCUCCAUU